AGACAAACGGCCUGGAUGGACCACGACUUUGCUCCUGCUCCUCCAGAGAUGCAGUCGCACGGAGCUCCAGGCCCAAGAACCUCUUUCUCCCAUAGCCAUGUGCUGGGGCGCCCUACCCGCCCCUCAAGACUCCCUGGAGGGGGAUCCCCGCUCACCCCUGUCCUCAGGAAGACCAUCCAUCUGGACACCUUCCCCCAAAGCCAUAUCCCACACACCUCCAGCCGGCCGGGCCUUGGAACCAGGACCCAGAGCGUACCCCCACAGGAGAUGGUCAUUGCUCUGGGGGCUUCCUCGAGCCCCCUGCCCACCAGCAGCCUUGUACCUAGGAAGCUCAGCUCCAUCUCCUUGACGAUCCGUCAGAACAGCCAGGCACGGUCCCUGGAUCACCCACUUUCUCACUGGGAAGGGUCGCCUACCCCGGGAAGGAAGGCUGCUCCCCAUGAAGGAGGUAGGCUGUCCUUGCCAGGCUCACCACCUGUGACCCUAGUGCCAGGGGGCAGGGUCCAUUCCGAGGGCCCAGAGAACCCAGGUCUGACCAAAUCUAGCAGGAUACCUGCCCUGGAGAAGCCCCUGGUGAGUUCCUAUCUGGCUUUACCUUUCCAAUCCCGGUUAGCCCAGAGCACACCAGUCCUGGGAGAGCCAGGCUUGGUGGGCCAGGGGCACCUUGCCUCAGCGACUGCCCACACGCCUACCAGAGCUUCUCCAGGAAAAGGCAAGCCCCGAGCCAGGGGGAUCCCCAGACCCCGGGGGCGUCUCCAAAGGGCCACUGAGGCUGUGAAUUUGACUGCUGUGGACACAAAGACAGACGCAGCCAGUCAUUUAGCCACAGUGGCCACCAACAGACCUAGCUUGGCUAUCAGUUUAGCCACACCAAACACAUCCAGAUUGGACACAGGCACAGAGUUCCCUGCUCUGGAUAUCAAGCUGGGCACAGCCAGAGACUUGUCUUCGGGAGGGAUAGUCAAGUCAGGCAAAGCCACGAACUUUGCUACAGCAGGCACAAUCAAGCCGGGCACGGCCAUGAAUCUGACUACAGUAUGGACAACCAAGCCAGGCAUGGUCAUGGAUUUGAUAGCCUCAGACCCAGACAAGCUGGGCAAAGCCAUGGCUACAAGAAGCACAGACAAGCCAGAUAUGACCACAGAGGGCACAGCCAUGGAUUCGGCAACAUCAGACCCACUCAAGCUGGACACAAUCACAGCGACAGUGGGCACCACCAGGUUGGAAACAGCCAUGGCUUUGGCCAGAGCAAACAGAACCAAGCUGGACUUGGCUAUGAAUUAUCUUGCUUUGGACCCAAGCAGGAAGGGCACAGCUGUGGGUUUGGUUAUGCCAGUAACCCCAGACCCAGCCACUGGGAAGAACACACUGGGCAGUGUUAAUAACCUGACCAUAUCAGACGUUGCCACACGCCUGGUGAUGCCAAGCAGAUGCACAGACCCAGCCCUGGACCACACUAAUGCUUCCACGGAUGGAGCCACAGAGCCUGCCACACUGGACCUGGCCACAGAAUCUAAAGGGCUCCCAGAGACCAGGACGGACACAGCCAUGUCAGAGCUGGUGCCUGAGCCCAGGCCUAAGCCAGCGGUGCCUAUGAAGCCCAUGAGCAUCAACUCCAACCUGCUGGGCUACAUUGGCAUCGACACCAUCAUUGAGCAGAUGCGGAAGAAGACCAUGAAGACCGGGUUCGACUUCAACAUCAUGGUUGUUGGCCAGAGUGGACUGGGCAAAUCAACACUGGUCAACACGCUCUUCAAAUCCCAAGUGAGCCGCAAGGCCUCCAGCUGGAACCGGGAGGAGAAGAUCCCCAAGACGGUGGAGAUCAAAGCUAUCGGGCAUGUGAUAGAGGAAGGUGGUGUCAAAAUGAAGCUGACCGUCAUCGAUACCCCAGGCUUUGGAGACCAAAUCAACAAUGAAAACUGCUGGGAGCCCAUUGAGAAGUACAUCAAUGAGCAGUAUGAGAAGUUCCUGAAGGAGGAGGUGAAUAUCGCCAGGAAGAAACGCAUCCCUGACACUCGUGUCCACUGCUGCCUUUACUUCAUCUCCCCCACAGGACACUCCUUGCGACCUCUGGAUCUUGAAUUCAUGAAACACCUCAGCAAGGUUGUGAACAUCAUUCCUGUCAUUGCUAAGGCUGACACCAUGACCCUGGAGGAGAAGUCUGAAUUCAAGCAAAGGGUUCGCAAGGAGCUUGAAGUAAAUGGCAUUGAAUUCUACCCACAGAAGGAAUUUGAUGAGGAUUUGGAGGAUAAGACGGAGAAUGACAAAAUCAGGCAGGAGAGCAUGCCGUUUGCUGUGGUGGGAAGUGACAAGGAGUACCAAGUGAAUGGCAAGAGGGUCCUUGGCCGAAAAACUCCAUGGGGGAUCAUCGAAGUGGAAAACCUCAACCACUGUGAGUUUGCCCUGCUUCGAGACUUUGUCAUCAGGACCCACCUCCAGGACCUCAAGGAAGUGACACACAACAUCCAUUAUGAGACUUACAGGGCCAAGCGGCUCAAUGACAAUGGAGGCCUCCCUCCGGGAGAAGGCCUCCUGGGCACUGUCCUUCCACCUGUGCCAGCCACCCCCUGCCCCACUGCUGAAUGAAGGCCAUUUCAAGCGCUGCUUCUCCCUCCAUUCCUCUCAGCUGUUAUUGCUGCAGGGCCAAGCCCUUUUUAGUGCUGUGCUUGUCCAGCUCACCACCACAGUCCUUCUCAACCCUCAGUAGGUAGGAGGGGCCAGCUGCCUCUAGGACAGUUGCUUCUUCCACUUAUCCAAACCACUCCUCUCCUCCCAGUGGAGUGGGGUUCUGCCAGCACUGCCCUACCGCAUCGUCUGUGUCAGCCGGUCCCAGGCCAUCUGCAGGGCAAAAGAACUCAUCAAGAGCUCCUUCUGUCCUUGCAGACCCACCCCAGCUACUUGUAACCAUCUCCAAGGGCAAUGGCAUUGCUCCCUACUCAUUCAUCUGCAUGAGCUACUCUUGGCUUCCUUAAAGGGUCAAGAAAGCAAUUUUUCUGCUUGCCAGAUUCAUUGAGAUCAGGUGUGUGAGCCCCAAUGUGGGACGAGGGUGUCUCCUUCAUUGCUUAAAAUAAUUCAUGAGGGUGGGUCACCAUAGAUGUUGAGGAGCAAGGGCUAGGAUCACUUUUUAAAAAAUCACCACUUGUGGCUGGCCCAGAGUGCAGUUGUACAUCCUCCCCAUCUCAUAACAUAGCCACUGAGAAAGAGUGGUUUUCCU